AUGGCAUUCGUAUCCCCCAUUCUCGGCGUCGGGAUCCAGCACUCUCGGCAAAUCCAAAUCCAUUAUCCUGCCAUCGUUCAGCAGCCGGUCAUACCUAUUGUUCCGCAACCUCAGUUUCUACUACAGCCCCAGAUCCAAGUCUAUCAGCCUCCUCCUGUGAGCAUGAUGGUGCCAACAAUGGUAGCCCAUUCUCCUAUUUUCAACCCUCCUUAUUUCAUCGUGGCGUCUGCUCAGCCAUCGCUAGGGCCCGACACGCAUCUACCCAGCGGUAUCUCAUUGCGGGCUGUCUUUUAUGGGCACCCAUCCGACGACGAUUAUACUCUCCCCAUGUGCAUCUCCAGCACGACUUAUACAGAGUGCGCAUUACCGAGUAGGGAUGCCCUGCUUGCGGAGAUAGCGAUCUGGGCUGGACACCAUAACCUUUCGAUUAGGCAUCCGGGUGGACGGAUCGAUCCUCUUAGGGUCAAGCUAUAUGUCUUGCCGAAGAGUGCCAGUUCCAGAGGGCAAUUAUCUGGGAUAAGUUAUGAGCCGGGUGCGGGACUGGUUUUGCCGGGAGACGUGGUCAAAGUGGUCAAGUUGGGCGGGAUCGAGGAGAAGGACUGGGAAGAGGCGUUGAAGGAGAUUGAGAAGGAGGGUUAUGGGGCUGUUGUUGCGGUGGAUAUGGGUGGUGGUGGUUUGGGUACGACUUCGACUUCGACUUCGCCUGCGUCUGUAGUUUCAACUCCUGAGCCUGAUACGAGUGGUGACCAGACCGCAGCAGUAGCAUGA